CUUGGCUCUGUCCUGUCAGAAAUCAUUCACCCUCAUGUGGAGUUUCUUUACAUAUGACAUUAAACACUACUUCAUCUCUACUCCCUCUAUGGGCCUUUUGUUUUACCAGAUGAUUAAAUGAUAAGGUCCACUUCAAGCUUUCACACAUGCCACAGUAGAGAGAAGAUGGAUACCAUCAGUGAUAAGAUUGUUCAAAAAAUGUUCCCAUGGCUGUAAGUGGGAAGCUAGACAGCAGUUGGAAUUAUUACCAGAACUGCCAUUCUUAUUUCAUUUUUAUGUUUUAGCACUUUUUUUAUGAGAGAGGCUAAGCAGUAAUUAAGAGGUGCAGGAUGAAAAGAUGGCACAAUCAGUGCUGGUACCACCAGGACCCGACAGCUUCCGCUAUUUCACAAGAGAAUCACUUGCAGCUAUUGAACAGCGUAUCAAUGAAGAGAAAGCUCAGAAAUCCAAACAGGAACGCAAAGAUGAUGAUGAUGAAGAUGGCCCGAAGCCAAACAGUGACUUGGAGGCAGGAAAGACUCUGCCAUUUAUUUACGGUGACAUACCUCCAGGAAUGGUGUCCGAGCCCUUGGAAGACCUGGACCCAUAUUAUAUCAAUAAAAAAACCUUUAUAGUAUUGAAUAAAGGAAAGGCAAUAUUCCGAUUCAGUGCCACCUCUGCCCUGUACAUGUUAACUCCUUUCAAUCCUCUUAGAAAAAUAGCUAUUAAGAUUUUGGUACAUUCAUUAUUCAGCAUGCUUAUCAUGUGCACUAUUUUGACCAACUGCGUAUUUAUGACCAUGAGUAACCCUCCAGACUGGACAAAGAAUGUAGAAUACACAUUCACUGGAAUUUAUACCUUUGAAUCACUUAUUAAAAUUCUUGCAAGGGGCUUCUGUUUAGAAGAUUUUACGUUUCUCCGAGACCCAUGGAAUUGGCUAGAUUUCACUGUCAUUACAUUUGCAUAUGUGACAGAGUUUGUGGACCUGGGCAAUGUCUCAGCGUUGAGAACAUUCAGAGUUCUCCGAGCUUUGAAAACAAUAUCAGUCAUUCCAGGCCUGAAGACUAUUGUAGGAGCCCUGAUUCAGUCAGUGAAGAAGCUCUCAGAUGUGAUGAUCCUGACUGUGUUUUGUCUGAGUGUAUUUGCACUGAUAGGGCUGCAGCUGUUCAUGGGCAACCUGAGGAAUAAAUGCCUGCAGUGGCCUCCAGACAAUUCUACUUUUGAAACAACAGUUAUUUCCAUCUUUAAUAGCUCUUUAGGUGAAAAUGGUACAUUUAUUAAUGAAACAGUGACAACAUUUAACUGGGAUGAAUACAUCGAAGACAAAAGUCAUUUCUACUUCUUGGAAGGGCAAAAUGAUGCACUGCUGUGUGGCAACAGCUCAGAUGCAGGUCAAUGCCCAGAAGGAUAUAUAUGUGUGAAAGCUGGUAGAAACCCCAACUAUGGCUACACAAGUUUUGAUACAUUCAGUUGGGCAUUCUUGUCUCUGUUUCGAUUGAUGACUCAGGACUUUUGGGAGAAUCUUUACCAGCUGACUCUGCGUGCUGCUGGGAAGACAUACAUGAUCUUUUUUGUUUUGGUCAUUUUCCUGGGUUCUUUCUACCUGAUCAACUUGAUCCUGGCUGUGGUCGCCAUGGCCUAUGAAGAACAGAAUCAAGCAACAAUGGAAGAAGCAGAGCAGAAAGAGGCAGAAUUUCAGCAAAUGCUGGAACAACUGAAAAAGCAACAAGAAGAAGCUCAGGCGGCGGCAGCAGCUGCAGCAGCUGACUCAAGAGAUUAUAGUGGAGUAGGUGGAAUAGGUGGAUUCUCCGAAAGUUCUUCUGAGGCAUCAAAACUGAGCUCAAAGAGUGCUAAAGAGAGAAGGAAUAGAAGAAAGAAAAAAAAACAAAAAGAACAGUCUGAAGGCGAGGAGAAGGAUGGGGAAGAAUUUCACAAAUCUGAAUCAGAGGACAGCAUCAAAAAGAAAGGUUUCCGAUUUUCCAUUGAGGGGAAUAGACUGACAUACGAAAAGAGAUUCUCUUCCCCACACCAGUCUUUGCUGAGCAUUCGUGGCUCCCUGUUUUCCCCAAGGCGCAACAGCAGAACAAGUCUGUUCAGCUUCAGAGGUCGAGCAAAGGAUGUGGGAUCUGAAAAUGACUUUGCUGAUGAUGAGCACAGCACUUUUGAAGACAAUGAGAGCAGAAGAGAUUCUCUCUUUGUUCCUCAUAGACACGGUGAACGACGCAACAGUAACAUUAGCCAGGCCAGUAGGUCAUCCAGAACAGUACCUGCCCUUCCAGCAAAUGGGAAGAUGCACAGCACCGUGGAUUGCAAUGGAGUAGUUUCUUUAGUUGGUGGGCCUCCAGCUUUGACAUCACCUACAGGACAGCUUCUGCCAGAGGUGAUGAUUGAUAAAGCAGCCACUGCUAGCAAUGGCACUACUACAGAAACUGACUUAAGAAAGAGACAUUCUAGUUCUUACCAUGUUCCUAUGGACUACCUAACAGACCCUAGUGCAAGGCAAAGAGCAAUGAGUAUAGCCAGCAUGCUUACAAACACAAUGGAAGAACUGGAAGAAUCCAGGCAGAAAUGUCCACCAUGCUGGUAUAAAUUUGCUAACACUUGCUUGAUUUGGGACUGCUGUACUCCCUGGCUGAAAGUCAAACAUAUUGUAAAUUUGAUUGUGAUGGACCCAUUUGUUGAUCUGGCCAUUACCAUCUGCAUCGUCCUAAACACCCUGUUCAUGGCCAUGGAGCACUACCCAAUGACAGAGCAGUUUAGUGGUGUGCUUUCAGUAGGAAACCUUGUAUUUACUGGAAUUUUCACAGCAGAAAUGUUUCUCAAGAUAAUUGCCAUGGAUCCUUAUUAUUAUUUCCAAGAGGGCUGGAAUAUUUUUGAUGGUUUUAUUGUGAGUCUUAGUUUAAUGGAACUUGGCCUUGCAAAUGUAGAAGGAUUAUCUGUCCUUCGAUCGUUCCGAUUGCUUCGAGUUUUCAAAUUGGCAAAAUCUUGGCCAACCCUAAAUAUGCUGAUUAAGAUUAUUGGCAAUUCUGUGGGGGCUCUGGGGAACCUGACCCUGGUGCUGGCCAUCAUUGUGUUCAUUUUCGCUGUGGUUGGGAUGCAGCUGUUUGGGAAAAGCUACAAGGAAUGUGUCUGCAAGAUCUCCAGUGACUGUGAACUUCCUCGCUGGCACAUGCACGACUUUUUCCACUCUUUCCUGAUUGUAUUCCGAGUGCUGUGUGGAGAAUGGAUAGAAACAAUGUGGGACUGCAUGGAGGUUGCAGGCCAAACCAUGUGCCUUACAGUCUUCAUGAUGGUCAUGGUGAUUGGAAACCUAGUGGUACUCAACCUAUUUCUGGCCUUGCUGCUGAGCUCUUUUAGUUCAGACAACCUUGCUGCUACAGACGAUGAUAAUGAAAUGAACAAUCUCCAGAUUGCUGUGGCAAGGAUUCAGAAAGGCAUAGAUUAUGUGAAGAGAAAAGUGCGUGAAUUCAUCCAAAAAGCCUUUGUUAGAAAACAGAAAGUUUUAGAUGAAAUCAAACCUCUUGAAGACCUAAACAAUAAAAAAGACAGCUGUAUAUCCAACCAUACAAUAGUAGACAUAGGUAAAAACCUUGCUUAUCUCAAAGAUGGGAAUGGAACUACCAGUGGCAUAGGCAGCAGUGUGGAAAAAUAUGUUGUUGAUGAAAGUGAUUACAUGUCAUUCAUAAACAACCCAAGUCUCACUGUGACAGUGCCCAUUGCUGUUGGAGAAUCAGAUUUUGAAAAUUUAAACACAGAGGAGUUCAGCAGUGAAUCAGACCUGGAAGAAAGCAAAGAGAAAUUGAAUGCAUCCAGUUCAUCAGAAGGCAGCACAGUUGAUAUUGGACUGCCUCCAGAAGGUGAACAGCCAGAAGCAGAACCUGAAGAAGUUCUAGAGCCAGAAGCUUGUUUUACAGAAGGGUGCGUACGGAGAUUCAAAUGCUGUCAAGUCAGUGUAGAAGAAGGAAAGGGGAAAAUCUGGUGGAAUCUUAGGAAAACCUGCUACAAGAUCGUUGAACACAACUGGUUUGAGACCUUCAUAGUCUUCAUGAUUCUUCUCAGCAGCGGUGCUCUGGCCUUUGAAGAUAUCUACAUAGAGCAACGUAAAACUAUCAAGACCAUGCUGGAAUAUGCUGACAAAGUUUUCACCUAUAUCUUCAUUCUGGAAAUGCUUUUAAAAUGGGUUGCUUAUGGCUUUCAAACCUAUUUCACUAAUGCAUGGUGCUGGCUGGACUUCCUGAUUGUUGAUGUCUCUUUGGUUAGCUUAACAGCUAAUGCCUUGGGCUACUCAGAACUUGGUGCGAUUAAAUCCCUUAGGACACUAAGAGCUUUGAGACCUCUAAGAGCCUUGUCGCGAUUUGAAGGGAUGAGGGUUGUGGUGAAUGCCCUGUUAGGAGCAAUUCCAUCUAUUAUGAAUGUGCUUCUUGUUUGCCUUAUAUUCUGGCUGAUAUUUAGUAUCAUGGGAGUAAAUCUAUUUGCUGGAAAGUUUUACUAUUGUGUUAACACUACAACCGAUGAGAGAUUUGAUAUCAGCCAAAUUAACAACUUUAGUCAAUGUGAGGAGCUCAUACAAAACAAUGAAACUGCUCGGUGGAAGAACGUGAAGGUUAACUUUGACAACGUAGGCCUUGGUUACCUUUCUCUGCUCCAAGUGGCUACAUUUAAAGGAUGGAUGGAUAUCAUGUACGCAGCUGUGGAUUCUCGUAAUGUUUUGGAUCAGCCGAAGUAUGAAGACAACUUGUACAUGUAUCUUUACUUUGUCAUCUUUAUCAUCUUUGGAUCAUUUUUUACCUUGAACCUUUUUAUUGGUGUCAUCAUAGACAAUUUCAACCAGCAGAAAAAGAAGUUUGGAGGUCAAGACAUUUUUAUGACAGAAGAACAGAAGAAAUACUACAACGCAAUGAAAAAAUUGGGCUCAAAGAAACCACAAAAGCCUAUACCUCGACCAGCAAACAAAUUCCAAGGCAUGGUCUUUGAUUUUGUAACAAAACAAGCAUUUGAUAUCAGUAUCAUGAUACUUAUCUGCCUUAACAUGGUCACAAUGAUGGUAGAAACAGAUGAUCAGAGUGAAGACAUGGAAAACAUUUUAUACUGGAUUAACCUGGUGUUCAUUGUCCUUUUCACUGGAGAAUUUGUCCUGAAAUUGAUUUCACUUCGUCAUUACUACUUCACUAUAGGUUGGAAUAUUUUUGAUUUUGUGGUUGUCAUUCUCUCCAUAGUAGGCAUGUUCUUAGCUGAGAUGAUUGAGAAGUACUUUGUGUCUCCCACACUAUUCAGAGUCAUCCGACUUGCCAGAAUCGGUCGAAUCCUGCGCCUCAUUAAAGGCGCCAAGGGAAUCCGCACUCUGCUUUUUGCUUUGAUGAUGUCUCUUCCUGCUUUGUUCAACAUUGGGCUGCUGCUCUUCCUGGUCAUGUUCAUCUACGCAAUAUUUGGCAUGUCCAACUUUGCCUAUGUCAAGAGGGAGGUUGGGAUUGAUGACAUGUUCAACUUUGAAACGUUUGGCAACAGCAUGAUCUGCCUGUUUCAGAUCACCACGUCCGCUGGCUGGAGUAAUUUGCUCAACCCAAUUCUGAACAGUGGGGAGCCAGACUGUAACCCUAACAUAACUCAUCCAGGGAGCUCUGUGAAAGGUGACUGUGGCAACCCUUCUGUUGGGAUUUUCUUCUUUGUCAGCUACAUUAUCAUAUCCUUUCUGGUAGUGGUGAACAUGUACAUUGCUGUGAUUUUGGAGAACUUCAGUGUUGCUACUGAAGAAAGCGCUGAACCCUUGAGCGAGGAUGACUUUGAGAUGUUCUAUGAAGUCUGGGAGAAGUUUGAUCCCGAUGCAACACAAUUCAUAGAGUUCAGUAAAUUAUCAGAUUUUGCGGCUUCAUUAGACCCACCUCUUCUCAUAGCAAAACCAAACAAAGUCCAGCUUAUUGCAAUGGACCUGCCCAUGGUGAGCGGUGACAGAAUUCACUGCCUUGACAUCUUGUUUGCUUUCACAAAGCGUGUGUUGGGGGAAAGCGGGGAGAUGGACGCCCUCAGAAUACAGAUGGAAGAUCGGUUUAUGGCAGCCAAUCCUUCUAAAGUCUCCUAUGAACCAAUUACAACCACACUGAAACGAAAGCAGGAGGAGGUGUCUGCUGUCAUCAUUCAGCGUGCUUACAGACGUCACCUUUUAAGGCUAAAAGUCAAAAAAGUAUCAUGUAUAUUUAGUCAGGAUAAAGGUAAAGAGGAAGAUGAUCUGCCCAUGAAAGAAGAUAUGAUUAUGGAUAAACUAAACGAGAACUCCACUCCAGAAAAAACAGAUAUGACCCCAUCCACAACCUCCCCACCUUCUUAUGACAGUGUAACAAAGCCAGACAAGGAUAAAUAUGAAAAAGACAAAUCAGAAAAAGAAGAUAAAGGUAAAGACAGCAGGGAAAGUAAAAAGUAACAUAGAACGCUGCUUGUAAUAAACUGUUUACAGCCUGAAAAAGUAUGUAUUUGUGUCAACAGGACUCCUGUAGGAGGUAC